GUCUGGUCAGGUGGAAAGGUUCCGUAGAGACCCCUGUCAAGCUUUGGCAAUUGGGGAUGAAGAGUUCCAGGCUCCCUCCCAAAUGGCUAGGAAGCGAAUUGGGCAGAGGUACUUGAUCGGAGUACAAGAGCUCUGUCAUAUAUAUAUAUUUUAUUUUUUAUUAAUAGGCCUGUUCCAUGGACCUGAAGUUUCAGCUCCAUCGGCCCCUAUGUUAAUCCUGCUCUGACUGGUCAUAUUAUUAAAGAAAGAAAAGGAAUUUACUGUCCAUGAGAGUUUAACCAGACUUACUUUCUACAUAAAUCAGGUGCAAAACAGCACUAAGUCUGCCCUCAGUGGCUGUCUACCCGGCAGCCUCUUGUUAUCAUCCUCUCCUUGUCCCACAAGGUUAUAGGUACCACAACCAGGUAAGGCAGAAACCAGGAUCAGUCCUGCCAUGACCGCCCAUUGAUUCAUGCAUUGGGUCACUGGGUCUUUCAGAAUGGUUCGACUCUCGUUUACAGGAUUUUAUAAAGUCAUCUAAGGAUUUCCCUUGGGAUUCAAAACAGGUUGUAGCAUAAAAGCAACCCAUAAAUGGGUUAGUCUUUAUGUCUUUACCCUUUACUCUUCCAUUCUAAACUGACAGGAUGUGAAUGCGAUGACCAGGUUUUUGCUUGCAUUUCAGGUGAGUUAUAGAAAUUUUUUCUAGUAACACAAAUAUUUUGUUUCUGAUGGAUGGUACUAGCUUCAAAGAUGUGGAACUGCUAUGGGGACCAUAAUUGUGACCUCGUGGGCUAAUAUUUAUUUGGCUAUAUGGGAAAUGUGCCACAUCUUUGGAGAUAGCAACUCGCACAUUGACGACCUCCCCUUGGUAUGAAAUAGAGAACAGAGCAGAAGAUAUGUUUGUUUUUAAAUCUUUAGACACCAAUAACUCUUGAACUUUACGUAUAGUGAAGGAACAAUGUAGGGUCAGGAAUACAAAUUUAUAUUCCUGACCCUAUAAUGAAAAAAAACACCAUUUAGGUUACCAGCCUCCCGUAGCCCCACUUAAAAAGGCUUUAAAGUUACCAUGUCCACCAGCACUGGUUCUGUCCUUGCAGCUAAUUCAAUGCUUUCCCAUAUGAAAGCAUUGGGAUGCUAAUGCACCCAAGGACAAAAUGCCAUACUGCACCUAUCAGCAUUGCCUCAUUGAGAUGAAUUGAAUCAGUGCAUCUCUAUGGGGAGCAUUCAGCACCUCCAUGCAAAACGUCACUGACCCAGGAAGCAUCUCUAGUGGCUGUCUGAGUGACUGCCACUGGGUGUGUCCCUAGGCAGUAAUGUAAACUCUGCCUUUCCUCUGUAAAGGCCUUUUUUCACUGAAAAGGCAGUGUUUGCAUCAAAAUUCCUGCAGGGACAGACUGUAGACACCAAAAGCACAAUAUUAAGCUGUAGUUGUUCUGAUGACUAUAGUGUCCCUUUAAUAUUUUUGGAUAAACUUUUAAAAAACAUUUUUAUAUAUUAAAAUUAUCAAAAAUAUAUCUUGUAUAAAAAAAAUACAUCAAUAUAUAUAAUAUAAUUUCAAAAUAUUAAAAUAUUUUUCAAAAUGUUAAAUCAUUUUAAAAAUGUGUUCAAAACUAUCAUAUAUUAAAGGGACACUGUAGGCAUCCAGACCACGCUCAUUGAAGUGGUCUGGGUGCUGUCUCUUUUGCACCUAGUGCUGCAAUGUAAACAUUGCAGUUACAGAGAACUGCAAUGUUUACAUUGUGGCACUAAGUCUGCCCUCAGUGGCUGUCUACCCGGCAGCCUCUUGUUAUCAUCCUCUCCUUGUCCCACAAGGUUAUAGGUACCGCAACCAGGUAAGGCAGAAACCAGGAUCAGUCCUGCCACCCAGACAAACAGUCAAUCUAUUCCCAUUGAUAGCUGCAGAAAGCCAAACCGGUCAAUCCAAACUAUGGACUGAAUCUUCCAGACAGCCAUGGGGGAUCGCUUCCGGAAUCAUAACAAACUUUUGGACCGUUAAAUGAGGACCUCCAGCGUCAGAUUUUCCUCAUAUGAAAGCAAUUAAUCAAUGCUUUCCCUAUGGGGAGGUCUAAUGCGCGUGCAGCAUUUGCCGCGCAUGCGCAUUAGACCCCCUCAUCGCUGGAUGGAGGAGGGGCGGAGCAUUCGACCCAGCGCCGAAGGACAUCGGCGCUGGCAUAAGGUAAGUAAAUAAAGGGUUUUUAACCCUUUACUUACCAGGGAGGAGGGGAGUGCGAGGUGGGAUAAGGGGGAGGCAGAGCUUUGUAUUCCUAGCACUACAGUAUUCCUAGCACUACAGCACUACAGUAUCCCUUUAAAUUGAGGCCUUACAACAAUUUUGUUUCAGUAUGCAUCAAUGAAUCCUGUUUCCAUAUGAAAUAUGGCUAAAUUGAGGACACUAAUUUUAAUCUAAUUUCUUCUAAACCAAUUAUAGAGUAUAUUCUUGUCAGUGGGAGACUGAUCACGGUAACGGAAGGUAUUUUUUUUUAAAUUUAGUCAUUUUUGAAGAGUCCUUUCCUUUUGGUCCGUUUAAAAAUAAAAGUAAAUCUUUUUUGGUAUCUAUGAAUCCCUUUUUUUGACAGCAGAUUCAGUCCAUAAUUUGGAUUGACUGGUUUGGCUUUGUGCAGCUGUCAAUGGGGAUAGAUUGACUGUUUGUCUGGGUGGCAAGACUGAUCCUGGUUUCUGCCUUACCUGGUUGCGGUACCUAUAACCUUGUGGGACAAGGAGAGGAUGAUGACAAGGGGCUGCCAGGUUUCCACUGGUUGUUUUUGUCUGAUUCCUUAGUGAAUUUCCUAAGUUGCCUUGUCCAAACUGGGUGUUAGGCCCCUGCCUUUUGUUUUCCUGCUGCAGCCUUAAAGCAACACUUUCACCUUCUGGGGACAUCGCAAGUUCGCAAAGACCUUUGACAGUGGCAUCGCUGCCUGCGAUCCGGUGCCCGGGUUGCCAGGUAAAGGUAAGAUUUACUUACCUAAACCUGUCUAUUGCUGGCGCGGCCAUCUUCUUCCUACGGGCCUCUUCAGCUCCUAAAGCUGAGAGUACUGCAUUGAGGUCUGUGGAGGAUCCUAUGGCAUCCUCCAUAGACAGAGCUAAUUCCCUGCAGCAUUACUGGUGACAGUUGUAAGGUUGACACUGUAGCUCCCCCUAGGGACCAAGAAAGUCAGGCACAGGAAAUAUACAGAGACAAAGUAUUUCAUCUCUGUAUAUCUCUUGACUGGAUUGGAAUUUCAAUGAAAUUCCAACAGAGUUAAAAUGAGUAUUUCAUAAUAUUUUUAUCUUUAUGAAAUACUCAAUUUUUAUGGGUGAUGACAGUGCCGCUUUAAAGAGAAUAAUACUUACCUUCCUAUUUUUCUGUCUUACAUUAUUUACAUUUUCGGUUCAUUUAAUUGUAUGUGAAAUAAUACAUUUAACAUAUGGUGAGUUAUUUUCUGUUAAUUGUGAUUGUUAUGUUUGUGACAUUUAUGUAGGGUUUUAAUUAUUACUGAUCUGGUCUUUUUUUAUUUGGAAGAGUAAUCUCUUUUUAUCUUAUAAAUGUAUUGACAAUUAUUAACAAAACAAUAAAUAACUCCCUAAUUGUUUGAGAUAAGGAUGAACUAUAAUUUACCCUAUUCUUCACUCACAAACUCUUUAAAUGGGUUUGUUUAUUAUGUACUUGGUGAUGUCCAUGCGUUCCAGACUUCAAGCAGUCAUUUUAUUUCUGAUUGUGUUCAUUUGUCCAAUUACUUGUGAGACCCUAAAUAAGGGGACUUUUAUAGAAAAUGGUUGCAAUUCCUAAAUGUUCCAUAUUAUAUUUUUGUUCAACCCCUUCAAUUAAAGCUGCAAGUCUGCACUUCAAUUGCCUCUCGGUUCUUUCAUUUCAAAUCUAUUGUAGUGGCGUACAGAGCCAAAAUUAUGAAAAUUGUGUGUGUCCAAAUAUUUCUGAACCUAACUGUAUAGCACUCAAUUGUUGCUGCUCCCGGCAGUGGCGUACACAUGACCCAUGGGGCCCCGGUGCGAAAAUUGAUCCGUGGGCCCCCCCCGCGCGCGGGCCGGGCCGCAACACAUGGCGAUGGGCACCUGGUCGCAGGGGUUACAGGGCUGCGACCCCUGCGACCGCGGUAUGUACGCCAGUGCAUGCAGAUGCACACACACUUAAAGGACCACUCUAGGCACCCAGACCACUUCAGCUUAAUGAAGUGGUCUGGGUGCCAGGUCGAGCUAGGGUUAACCCAUUUUUUCAUAAACACAGCAGUUUCAGAGAAACUGCUGUGUUUAUGAAUGGGUUAAGCCUUCCCCUAUUUCCUCUAGUGGCUGUCCCAUUGACAGCCGCUAAAGGGGCUUGCGUGCUUCUCACUGUGAUUUUCACAGUGAGAGCACGCCAGCGUCCAUAGGAAAGCAUUAUGAAUGCUUUCCUAUGUGACCGGCUGAAUGCGUGCACAGCUCUUGCCGCGCGUGCGCAUACAGCCGACGGGGAGGAGAAGAGGAGGAUCGGAGGAGGAGAGCUCUCCGCCCAGCGGUGGAAAAAGGUAAGUUUUACCCCUUUCCAGAGCCGGGCGGGAGGGGGUCCCUGAGGGUGGGGGCACCCUCAGGGCACUAUAGUGCCAGGAAAACGAGUAUGUUUUCCUGGCACUAUAGUGGUCCUUUAAAGGACCACUACAGACACCCAGAUCACAUCAGCUCAAUGAAGUUGUCUGGGUGUCAGGUCCCUCUAGUUUUAACCCUGCAGCUGAAAACAUAGCAGUUUCAGAGAAACUGCUAUGUUUCACUGAGGGUUAAUCCAGCCUCUAGUGGCUGUCUCACGGACAGCCGCUAGAGGAGCACACUGAACGUCCAUAGGAAAGCAUUGAGUAAUGCUUUCCUAUGGGCGGUUUGAAUGCGUGCGCGGUCGCAUUCGGAGCUGAGAGGCUGAGGGAUCCUCAGCGCCAAGGGAGUCCGGCGCUGGAGAAAGGUAGGUGCUGAAGACACACACACUCUCACUUACAGACGCAUACACACUAGCUAACAGACACACACAUUUACUGACAGAGAUACAGUCAGCGACAGACAUACAUACACACUCACUUACAAAACAUACACUCUCAUUGACAAACACACACUCACUAACAGACAAACAGACUCACUAACACACACACACUCAGUAAGACACACACAGUAACACACUCACUGACACUCACUAGCAGACACACACACUAACACUCACUCUAACACUCACACUAACUCUAACACUCACACUAACACUCACUAACACUCACACUAACACUCACACACACACUAACACUCACACAUGAUUUUUUUUUUUUUUUAAUAUAAUCCCCCCAGCCUCCUUACCUCUUGGAGUGCUGGGGGGGAUUAUUCCCUGGGGUCCAGUGGGGCUCCUGGGCGGGUGGCCGGUCGGGCAGGCAGGCAGGCGGGCGCGCGAGGGAGCACUCAGUGCUUCCUCUUCAGCUCCCUCGCGCGCCGCGUAGGGAUGCCGGCGCCGGAAGAUGACGUCAUCUUCCGGCUCCGGUAUCAGUGCGGUGCGCGAGGGAGUUGAAGAGGAAGCACUGAGUGCUCCCUCGCGCGCGCCUGCCUGCCUGCCCGACCGGCCACCCGGGGUCAGCAGGGCCAGCCUCAGGGGGGCCCUGGGGUGGUCGGCUCCUGGGCCCCCCAGGGGAAGAGGCUGGCCCUGUGGCUACAUACCGGGUCGCAGGGGCGGCCGGGCCCCCUGGUGGGCCGGGCCCGGUCGCAGUCGCGACCCCUGCGACCCUGGUAUGCGCGCCAGUGGCUCCCGGCCCGCCUCAUGGCGCAGCCGUGCCCGACCUGCAUGACCUCGCCGAUAUUGCGAGCUUACCUGCGAGCCGGGAACCGCUCCUCCGCGUCUUCUGGGCGUUGCGCCCAAAUCAAAGAUGGCACUGACCACGUGGUCGCACACACCACAAGCUCCGCCCCUCAAAUUUAUACGGACGUGCGUGUGACGUCACAAUGUCAACGCACACGCACGUUCUGGGGUCAGAGGUCACCCUCUGACCAAUCAGAGCCCAGAGAGGGAUAUUUAAAUCCCUAAUUCACUCCAGUUCCUUGCCCUGUCGUGGCUUGCUGUUCCUGGUUCCCGAGAGUGCGUUUAUCUUUGUGAAUAUUACAUCCUGGUAUCCUGAUCUUGGCUUUUCCCUGGUUAUUCCGAAUUCUGGUUCCCCUGACUUCGCUUGUUUCAACGGUAUCUGAGUAUUUCUGGCUUCCUUGACCUCGGCUUUCCCUUUGACCAUUCUCUAUCUCUAGCGUAUUAGUCCGGCCAUUCUAAGGUCCGGUUUACGCUCUGUCCUUUUAUUUAGUUUCUGCGUGUUGGACCACACUAGCAGCCGUCCAUGGAUCCUGCGGAACUAUGCAAACAUAUGAAUGCCUGUGAGAGUAGGGUGGAGGAUAUGGACCACGGGUUAGAUCAAUUUGCCCAAGCAUUCCAGACCUUGCUCCAGAGAACUGCCUAUCUGGAGGCACCUCUGGUACCGCCUGUGGCUCCACCACCUGUAAUAGCACCUGUAGCACACAAACCACCGUCCAUAACCACCUCUCCCUCGUUUUGGAGGUGAUUCUAAGGAAUCUAGAGGUUUUCUAAACCAAAUUGAAUAUCACUUCGAAGCUUCCCCUCGUUAAUUCCCUACAGAUAGAUCGAAAAUUAGCUAUCUAAUGAACCAAUUAACGGGUAAGGCUUUAACCUGGGCUAAUCCCUUAUGGGAGAGUGGAAAUCCAGUUACAAGUGAUUACAGUGUAUUCCUAACAGCUUUCAAAACUACUUUUGACCCAAAAGGGAGAGAAAAGAACGCUGCCAGAGCCCUAAUGAGAAUAAAACAAGGCAACCGCUCUGUAGCUGAUUACGCCAUAGAGUUCAGGACAUUGGCGUCUGAGGUUGACUGGACCAAUAGAGGUUUGGUGGCUGCUUUUUCCGAAGGUUUAGCGGAAAAUAUACAAGACGAGAGCACAGCCAGAGAUCUUCCAGUUAACCUUAAUGACUUUAUUGCAUACAUGAUAGACAUUGAUAACAGGCUCAGAGAGCGAGAGAAAAACAAACAGCAUACUAGACAUUCUAACUUAUCCAUAGCCCCUUGUUUCUCUAACCCAGUGGUAAUUAGCCAUGCUCCACCUCCAGAACCUGAGCCCAUGCAAUUGGGCAUUGCUAAACUCACUGAGGCAGAGAGACAACACAGACGCAACAAGGGGUUGUGUUUGUAUUGUGGCAAAAGGGGACAUCAAAGGUUUUCAUGUCCUGUUCGGACGGAAAACUUGCACACCUAAAGCACGUUCGGGGACCGACCUUAGGUGUGAUGUAUAUGUCCCCUAAAUUGACUAAGAACCGUUUCCUUAUAAAAGCUACUUUGUCUUGUAAGAAAACCACUGUACAGUGUGAGGGUAUGAUUGACUCUGGGGCAGCUGAGAAUUUUCUAGACAAGGAAUUCUCUGCCAAACAUCUCCUGCCCUUAAGGCAGAAAGAUAGACCCAUAGCAGCAGAGGCUAUUGAUGGGAGACCUCUUACCCAGCCUCUCAUCAUGCACGAAACCCUGCCAAUCACUGUCUCAGUGGGUAUCUUACAUUCUGAAGAAAUGGUGUUCCAAAUUAUAUCUUCACCUACAUGUCCGAUAAUACUGGGUUUCACUUGGCUCCAAAAACACAAUCCAUGUUUAGAUUAGGUGGAAGGAGAAAUUGUGAGUUGGGGUGAGAGAUGCAGAGGUAUUUGUUUAAAACAGGUGCAACAACAAAUUGGUACCUUCAAUAUACCUAUAGCGCCUCCCUUGACCACAGAAAUCCCACCGCAGUAUUUAGACUUAAAGGAGGUAUUCAACAAGGUACAGUUGGAGGUAUUACCACCAUAUAGACCCUAUGACUGUGCCAUAAAUUUGUUACCAGGCACUAUGUCCCCUAAAGGAGGCGUAUAUGCACUAUCUCCCCAAGAAAAUCUUUGUUUAGAAGAGUACAUAAAGGAUGCUCUCAGAAAGGGUCACAUACAUAGAUCCUCUUCACCUGCUGGGGCUGGGUUUUUCUUUGUCUCUAAAAAAGAAGGAGACCUACGCCCUUGUAUAGACUAUAGGGGUUUGAAUAGAAUAACAAUAAAAAAAACGCCUAUCGCAUUCCCCUUAUUUCUGAGUUAUUCAAUAGGUUGAAAGGGGCCCAAUUCUUCACUAAGCUCGACCUCAGAAGUGCUUACAACCUAGUCAGAAUUAAGGAAGGGCACGAGUGGAUGACCGCGUUUAAUACGAGAAUGGAACAUUACGAAUACCUAGUUAUGCCGUUUGGACUGUGCAACGCCCCAGCGGUGUUUCAGGAUUUCAUUAACGAUGUCCUUAGAGAAUAUCUCCACAUGUUCGUUUUAGUGUAUCUAGAUGACAUUCUCAUCUAUUCCCCGGAUUUAGAGACACGUCAUGAACAUGUGAGAACAGUACUAAAAACCCUGUUAAAGAACGGCCUCUACUGUAAGCAGGAGAAAUGACAAUUUGACCAGACUGAGAUACAAUUUCUUGGGUACGUUAUAUCUCCGUCUGGUUUCAAAAUGGACCCACGGAAAUUGGAAGCAGUCUUACAAUGGCCAUUAUCCAAAGGCCUUAAAGCUACACAACGCUUUAUAGGUUUUGCGAAUUAUUACCGCAAGUUCAUUUAACGUUUUUCCUCUGUAAUCUCUCCUAUUACCAACCUCACCAAAAAAGGAGCAAAUUGCAAUUCAGGGCCCAAGGAAGCAAAGGAGGCAUUUGAGCAAUUAAAAUCUUUAUUUGCCUCAGCACCUGUCCUGACACAUCCCGAUCCAACCAAACCAUUUAUCCUAGAAGUAGAUGCAUCAGAAACAGGAGUAGGAGCCAUUCUGUCUCAAAGAGAAAGUCCUGAUGCGCCUUUACAUCCCUGUGGGUUUUUCUCUCGAAAACUAACAUCUGCAGAGAAAAAUUAUGACAUUGGGAAUAGGGAGUUAUUGGCCAUUGUACUUUCCCUUAAAGAAUGGAGGCAUCUCUUAGAAGGUUCCAAAGAGCCACUUCUUAUUUUUACCGAUCAUAAUAAUUUGGCAUAUAUUGGGGACGCUAAGAGAUUGUCCUCUCGUCAGGCUAGAUGGUCAUUAUUCCUGUCCCGAUUCAAUUUUGUAAUUACGUACAGGCCCGGGACCAAGAACACCAAGGCAGAUGCGUUGUCUAGGCAGUUUGAGACAGAUGAGGUUCCUGAACAAGAGAUAUUCCCUAUCAUACCUCCAGAAUGCCUUAUUGCCAUUACAAUUUCCAAAGUGUCUUCUCCACUCUUCUGUGCCAUAAUAGCAGAUCAAGCUCAGGCACCCGUGGAGAGACCUCCGGAUAAACUGUACGUUUCACCACCUUUAAGGAAAAAGGUACUUGGAUUAUUCCAUGAUAAUUUGACAGCAGGUCAUCCUGGAGUCCAUAAAACUAUCUCUGCUAUCUCCAGGAGGUUCUGGUGGCCUACACUUAGGAACGACAUCAAAGAUUAUGUAGGGGCAUGUCAAAUAUGUGCCGUUUCUAAAGCCUCUCACAAAUCUCCUCCCAAGCUGCUACAACCACUGCCGAUACCUAAUACUCCAUGGACUCAUUUAGCCAUGGAUUUCAUGGUGGAUCUGCCCAGUUCAAACGGAUUUAACACAAUCCUUAUGGUCAUAGAUAGAUUCUCAAAAAUUGCAUAUUUUGUACAUCUUAAAAAAAUUACCAUCUGCUCGAGAUCUUGUACAAAUAUUUUUGAAAGAGAUCUUUCGGUUACAUGGAGUGCCAAAAAACAUAGUAUCUGACAUAGUAUCUGACAGACGUACCCAAUUUAUUUCUAGGUUCUGGCGUGCCUUUUGUAAGCAAUUGGGUAUAGAACUUUCAUUUUCCUCAGCGUAUCACCCUCAGACUAAUGGCGCAGCAGAGAGGGCCAAUCAGUCUUUAGAAUCUUAUUUACGUUGUUUUAUCGAUGCCAAUCAGUCUAACUGGUACGAACUCUUACCCAUGGCUGAGUUUGCCAGAAAUAAUGCAACUUAGAAUCCUCUAAUCAAAGUCCAUUUUUUGUAAAUCAGGGUUAUCACCCCACUGUUUUACCUUCUGAAUUUUCAGACACUGAUAUUCCUGCCUUGAACACCCAUUUGGAUUCUAUUCAUGAUAUUUGGGAUUCCGUUCAUACAGCAUUACAGAAGGCAUCAAAACAUGCUAAAAGCCAAGCUGACAAGAGACGGGGUGCCAAUCCUGUCUAUCAACCAGGAGACAAGGUGGGGUUAUCCAAACGUCAUGUCAAACUUAAGGUUCCUUCCGUGAAAUUUGCCCCUCGGUACAUAGGUCCUUUUCGGGUCCUCUGUCGUAUCAACCCUGUGACUUAUUAAUUGGCACUUCCUGCUCACAUGAGAAUUGGCAAUUCAUUUCAUGUGUCCUUGCUUCAGCCUCUUACUUGCAAUCGAUACACUAAAGUGGCUACCCCUCCUCCGCCCUUGGUAGUGGGUGAUCACGAGGAGUACGAAGUUCGUUCUAUAUUGGACUCCAAAAUCUAGUGGACUGGAAAGGUUAUGGUCCUGAGGAACGUUGUUGGGUUCCUGCUGACCAGGUUCAUGCGCCCCGUCUUAUCCGGUCGUUUCACAACUGCUUCCCUCAUAAACCGGUUCCUUCCCACCCGGUGAGCGGUUUUCGAGUAGGGGGUACUGUUGCGGCUCCCAGCCCGCCGCAUGGUGCAGCCAUGCCCGACCGGCACGACGUCGCCGAUAUUACGAGCUUACCUGCUCGCCGGCGAGCCGGGAACCGCUCCUCCGCGUCUUCUGGGCGUUGCGCCCAAAUCAAAGAUGGUGCUGAUCAUGUGGUCGCGCAUACCACAAGCUCCGCCCCUCAAGUUUAUACAGAAGUGCGAGUGACGUCACAACGUCAACGCACACGCAUGUUCUGGGGUCAAAGGUCACCUUCUGACCAAUCAGAGCCCAGAGAGGGAUAUUUAAAUCCCUAAUUCACUCCAGUUUCUUGCCCUGUUGUGGUUUCCUGUUCCUGGUUCACAACAGUGCGUUUAUCUUUGUGAAUAUUACUUCCUGGUAUCCUGAUCUUGGCUUUUCCCUGGUUAUUCUGAAUUCUGGUUCCCCUGACUUGGCUUGUUUCAACGGUAUCAGAGUAUUUCUGGCUUCCUUGACCUCGGCUUUCCCUUUGACCAUUCUCCAUCUCUAGCGUAUUAGUCCAGCCAUUCUAAGGUCCGGUUUACACUAUGUCCUUUUAUUUCCUUUCCUUUUUUAUGUAUAUGUUUACAUAGUUUCUGCGUGUUGGACCACACUAGCAGCCGUGACAUCAAUACAAUAUAAGGAUAAGUAAACAUAUUUAAAGUUUAAAUUUGGGAAGGGGCAGUUCCCCCUCAAACAUUUCCUUAGCACUAGCAAGUUCCAGUGCCCAUUCCCAUUGUACAGCGCUACAGAAUAACAUUGCUGGCGCUAUAUAAAUAAUAAAAUAAUAAUAAUUCUAUGGGAACUGAAGUUGAUACAAUGUUGCUUUGUACAUGUGAAGUUAAUACAGUCUUUCAUUAUGAGGUUUAGUACAUUGCCAUGGUUGCUAUGGUAACGAGGUCCCAAAAGACAUUUUUCUCAUCCACUUAACUGGCUGGACUGAAUAUAACAUUCCACAAAAUAGAUUUUGGCAAGGCCAUCACGGAUAUCUGAAAUAUUAAUCCAAAACAUUACCAGUUAAACUGUUCUUUUUGUUUUAGGGAAACCUUGUGAUAUAAACUCUUUACAUCUCAGUACGGGAAUGUACUACAUCUGUCAAAUUAACAACACAUAAAUAUUUUGAUACAGUCAUUAAUAGUAUCAUAAUUUUAUUCUUUCUAAUGUAUUACUGCAUUUAUACAAAAAUAUAAGGUAAAAAAAUAUCUAAUGAUAUCUGUGAAAUUCUAAAACAUGAUUUUGAAUGAAGUGGAUAAUUUUCAAGAUUUUAAGUAAAGUAAAGAGAGAUUUCAUUUAAUGAGAUUUUAUCUUCCAUAAAUGCCUACAAUAAAAUAGAAGAUAAUCUGAGAGCAGUACAAUAUGGGAGUGACUGGGCUCAUUCUAUGAGAGAGGUGUGUACAGACAGAGGUGGGGUUUCAGCCGGAGUCAGGACAGCAUGCUCUGUCUGCUCUCAGUCCAAGCUUUUCCUGAGCAUGUGGGUGAGUUAUUGCCUUAUCUUUCACUGUAAAACACUUUUAACCUUAAUUUACAUAAAAAUAAUCCAGGUUUUAUUUCAUUACUAAGUGACACGUGAGUAAACUAUAGUUGACACUUCCUGGAAAUUCUGGUUUGAAGGUAUUUAUUCUUUCUACCCAAACCUGCUUCUGGCAAUGGGUUAUGGGUAGUAACCCUUUCAAUAUCAGUUGGAUGUGAAUAGGUAUCUGCUGUUUGAGAGACACAUAUUAAGUCUUCAUUCUUUAGACCAGAAAUGUUCAAAUAGCACUUUAACGCAUCCACAGGUGGCAGGAGUGAAAACAAGAAAUAGUAAACUUAAAGGGACACUCCGGUCACCAUAACAUAAUAUAAAUUAAGAUGUUAUGGUGCUAGGACACCUGCCAGACACACUCUUACCUAAUUAGGUUAAACUGUCCUCUAACAGUUAAAUCCCAAAAGAUGCCUCCAGCCUCUGAAUCUGAGUCACAGGAAGUGUACGUACCUUUUUAUCGAUGGGGAGCUACUGGUUGGUAGAGUGUCUACUGACUGCUCUAGUCAGUCUGCGGCGCCCCUGCCUGGCGGCACUCCGCGCUUCCUGUGACUCAGAUUCAGAAGCCGGAUGACAUCUGGGAGACCUGGCGAUCGGCGCUGGAGGCAACUUUUGGGGUUAACCUGUUCAAGAACGAUUUAACAACGUAAGGCAAGAGUGCGUCUGGGGACCUCCUGGCAACUUAACUACUUCAUUUAACUAAUCAUGAAAACAAGAGAUUUGCCUAGAGUGGUCAUGAUGGAGAUAACAGCAUAUUUUGGUCCUGCAGCAUUUAAUGUUACAUACUCAUAGUUAUUUACUAAAGAAAGAAUUGUCAGGAGUUCAGUCUGGAUUCAGAAUUAGACAGGAAUUUGAUCAAUUUUCCAGCUUGGCUAUUUUUGGCCCAAAUUAGAAAUUCACUUUGAAUUCCUAAUAAUUUUGACUUUAGCAAAUGACCCUGAUAGAGGGUCACAUACACAGCAUAACUGUAUCACACAAAACGCUGUUAUCUGACACCUGUAUGAUGGAAACAUUGCAAAGAUUACAUGUUUCAUCUCUGUAGAUACAUUUUGUAUAAAAAAAAUGAAACGUACAUACAUUUGUCAAGAUUAAAACAAUUACAUAUAAAUAAUAAAAUAUUUGCAUUACAGGUUCUCCUCUGUGUUUACUGUGACCCACUGUUAUCAAAGUGAAUUUGAAACGAUUGGUUAAAAAUAGGCAAACUGGAAAAAUCCUCUACAUUGUUUGUUUUGACAUGAGUUUGACAUUAAUUUAGGGCUCCAGACGAUCCACCCUUUAGCGAAUAACUGGAAUUAUUUGUUGUUGCGUUUCUAUAGAAAUAUAUGUGACCGCUAUUGUACUGUAAAAUGAUACCUGUUAUAAAUUAAUUGAGCUCUAGAUAGUAAGCUUAUUUGAGCAGGGUCACCUGUUCACCUAUUGUUCCUGGAACAUUUUCUAAUUGUGUCAUUUAUUGUUAAAGCGAGACUAUAGUCACCAGACCAAUUACAGCUUCAUGUAUUUGUUCAGGUGAAUAUAGUCAGUCCAUGCAGGCUGUUUGCAGUAAACACUGUCUUUUCAGAGAAAAGGCAGUAUUUACAUUAUUACAGCCUAAGGACACCUCCAGUGACCACUCCUCUUCAGUGGCUGCUAGAGGUGCAUCCUGUAUCCACCCCCUGCGUGGUGACACUGAACUUACCUCAUAGACAUGCAUUGAUUCAAUACAUCUCUAUGAGGAGAUACUUAUUGGCCAGAGCUGUGUUUGGCUUGUGGUGGCUCUGCCCCUGACCUGCCUUCUUCAUAUUCUAAUGCUUUGCUAUAGGAAAGCAUUGUGAAUGGCUCACAUCAUCACUUCUGAUGAUGUCAGCCAAGAAAGCAGUAUAGGUGCAGAAGCAGCACCAGCAGACUGGAAUACAAGUAAAAUUUUACUAUAUUGAGGAGGGCAGGGGGGAUAGUUUGUGUUUUUAAAACUAUAGCAUGUUUGUGUUCCUGACCCUAUAGUGUUCCUUUAAAUUUCCCCCUUUUUAAUAUUGUACAGCGCUGCGGAAUAAGUUGGCGCUAUAUAAAUACCAAAUAUCAUAAUAAAUGUUGCCUCUUUAUAAUAAUACAUUAAGAGCUAUAGGCUGUCAUAGUUUAGAGGGAGCACGCUCAGCUCUGCAUUGUUCUCAUGAACUGUGUUGGUAAUCUUUUUACUGGACUCUUUUUUUGUCCUCACUUAGGAAAGUAGAAUGAACUGCUUUGUUAAGAUACAGUCUGAUUAUUAUACCAGAUUCACUUCCUUCCCAAUAUAAAACAAUGCAUGUGUUUACUAUUUACUUAAAGCGGGUCUAAUCAGGGCUCGGCAAAGUUAGUCUGGGCCACAAUCUGGUUUUAGCUAGUGCUUCUUUUUCCAGCCAUCAGUCAUCAAACUGCACCUGCACAAUGUUUCAAAUCUACAUUACGAGCAGCAGCUAAGUAACAAUUGUGCAACAAUCCAUAUGACUCAUACAGCACCCGUGUGAUAUGCAGUGCGUCAGCCACAUGACCUUAACACACAUGGCAAAGAACACUCACAUCACAUAUAUCUACAUACAUUGGCAAUGCAACAAAACAGAGUCACAUCAUAUCUUUUAAAAUAAGGAAGUGACAGGGCGCCUAUGACUCAAUGAGCAUAUGUUUUUUAAAAAAGUGGCAUGACUCAUAGGUGCCAACAGUCCCAGAUUUUCUGAGACAGUCUUUGAAUGUUUAUCACUAGUAGCACUGUAAAAAUCUACAUAUUCUGUGUUUCCUAAAAAUAAUCUCAUGUUGUUAUUUAUUUUCAAUGUUUUAAUGUGUUUCCUUUUUCUUACGGGGUUAACAACCUUCAACUGUAGGAGUCACCCCAGUCUAAUAAUUCCCCAGUAUUCCCUUCUGAUCGAGAGACAUCACGUGCAUCCUCGUGUACUAUGUAUAGAAUGGAAUGCAGUAGCAAAGGCUGACACUGGGCAUAGCUUAAAUUUGGUCCUGGGUCACUUGGCAAUGAUCAUUACCCACAAGGCAUCCGUAAAAUGAAUUCCCUAGAAGACGUCAUGGACAGAGGGAACAUAAUGGCCGCGGCCGGAAUUAGGGCAAUGAAGAAAAGAUAAUAAAUAUAAAUAGGGGUAAGGGAUGGGAAGGGUGUAAUCAUUAAAAUACAGGAUGAUACGGAAAGAAAAACAUGCAGAAUUUUUUUUUUUAGAGGGCCGCUUUAAAGCACGUCAUCAGAUUUUAAUAAUGUCUCCAAUCUAAGGAGCUGUCAUUCCCCGAGGUAGCUCCAGUACAGAAAUUCACCUCUGUGUGUUUAUUUGCCAGAAAAAAAUGGUUCUCCUAACAUUGCAUAAAGACGUUCUUUCAUAAGAGAGUAAUUUGUAACGUCCCCAGCUCACUUUCCCGUCAGUGAUUCACUGUCUGCUACUGACCACAGACAUAGUUAUUAUUUUUCACCCAACAUACCUUCAUGAAAAACAAACUGCUAAAAAGUAAAAGAAAUGCAAAAAAGAGGAAACAAACGCACGUAAACGUUAGAAUCUGACAUCGUUCCUGCUUACACUAAACGAACACUUUUCUUUUAUUCUGUUUUAUUAGACGCAUGCUUGGCUGCGUGGACUGAAAUUAAGUACAGAUGGAUAGCAGUAGGACAAUUGGUGGGGUAAGUUGACCUUUUAUUUAGCCCUUAGUAUACAAAUAUGUACACAGUGUGUGCUGGUGAAGCUCUUAGCUCAUCAGUGAUUUAUUAACUGCUAGAUGAAUGGAUUGUAAACAAUCAAAUUAAAAGAAAGCAAAUUAUUAAUUUUUAUAAUUUCUGAAACCUAGCAUGCAUGUUGAUCGUAUUACUAAUAUACUGUAUAAAUACCAGGACGUACUUGAAAACCAGAGUAAUCUGAAUGUACCUUUCCUGGUUAAAUACUUUGUUGUUAUUAUUAUUAUUAUUAUUAUUAUUAUUAGUGGAUGAUGAUGUAUGUUUGGCUGUUUCAUUAGUUUCUUUCCAGGUCUCUGCAUAUUGACUCACUUUUUGCAGAACCUUUAGUUUGUUUCUUAGAAACUUUUUUUCUAAUAUUGUAGUUACUACUAAGGCAUCAAUCGGGUUUUAAAUUCAUGCAGCCAGGAUCAGAUUAAGACUUAUGAUAACAACUUUAGCCUAUAUUUCACAUUUUUGGAUAUGCUGUGCAAAUUAUUUUAGAUGUUUGGAUACAUUUUAAAAUGAUUUUUCAAAAUCUAAAAAUCGAAAAAAAAUUAAAUAAAAACAAACUAAGAAAUAAUAUAAGCUGCACCUUAUAAUGUGUAAAAGCUAAAGAAACACAUAAAUAAAUAUAAACCAUAAACAAAUAAAGUGCUCUGUAUCUUUAAACCAUGUAAUAUAUGGCAUACAUGGCAUACUGAGCAAGCCGCCGAGCCCCCUCCUGGUGUCGGGUGACACAGUCUGCCUGAAGGUGGUUUAGGCGGCCGCGAGGCCUUAAGCGACCGCCUAAACCACCGCCUCUGAUUGCAGAGCCUAUACAGUUAGAGCAGGCUUCUCUGCGCUACACUUGUGAGUUGAAUAUUCUCCCUUACUUCCUUUUUACACCAUUGUUACAUUAUUACCCUAUGUUGUUGUUUUUUUCUAUUUAUUUUUAUAUGAUAUACUCCUGAUGAGAUUCUUCUUGCUCAUAAUAGUAUGUAUCAAGAGUUCUCAUAUUGACACGGACUUAAGGCAAUAUAUUUUAAGAUAAUUUUGAUGCACAGUGCACUUUUACACAGUUUUUCUUGUGGCUCACUUUGUAUUCACAAUUAUUAGAAUAUAUGUGUGCACUUUAUUAUUGAGUGAAAUACACUGUUAUCACUCUGCAGUAUAUUACAUGUUUUGUUAUGUUUUGUUUUGUUUUGUGAUGCCAAGACACGUUAUGUUAUGUAUAGGAUGUUAUGAAAUGUCUUAUGUGAUAUAUGUACCAAUUGUAUACAAUUGUGUCAUUGUUGGGCAUAAAAUGAUUGUGACUGUGCUUAAAUAAUCAAACAAACUGUAAAAUCUUCAAACAUUUUGAAAAAUCAAGAAAAAUCCAAAUAUAGAAAAAAAAAAUAUAUCAAAUACAAUAUAAAAAAGAUUUUUCAAAAUAUUAAAUAACUUUAAAAGCUUAUCUAAAAAUUAUCUUAAAACGUUGUUAUGGUAUGCAGAGGACCGCUCUCUGAUUGCUCUGCCCCUGAACCUCUGCUCCCUGUCCCAGGCUUCAAUGAGGAAGGUUCAGGCCAGGCACCACUGAUUAUUAUUAUUAUGUUAUUAUUUAUACAGCGCCAGCAAAUUCCAUAGCGCUGUACAAUGGGUGGACUAACAGACAUGUAAUUGUAACCAGACAAAUGGACGCACAGGAACAGAGGGGUUGAGGGCUCUGCUCAAUGAGUUUAUAUGUUAGAGAAUGAAAGUGGCAGCUGGCAUCCCCAGUCAAUCAGUAGCUCCCCAUAAAGAAGAGCUACGUAUCUUUUUCACGCUCUUUUAGCAAUGGGAGAUGAUCUCAGCCUAUCAGUAGCCCCCGGCUUACUGAUUAAAGCCUCCAAUAUGGAGUUAAAGUUCAGGCUCAGAGCGAUAGAGGGCGGGUUUAAAGACUUUCUGGUUAAACCGUUCUUUACCUUUUUAACCCCUUCACUUAAGCCGGCACCCGAGAUCUCCUUGCACCAUUAUAGCUUCAUUCCAAUUAAGUUGUUAUGGUGCCUGGAGUGGUCCUUUAAUUAUCUUAAUCCACUUCCGAUGGUCUGUAUUUUGAACCUCAUUGGGGUUUCAUUAGUAACCACAUGAAGCAAUAUAUAUUUUAUUAUAUUGUAUUAUAAGAAAGGGGUGAAUUCAGGAAAAUCUUGGGGCACUUACAAUCUCAACUGAACACAAUAUGAAUCAACAAUUUCUCUGUACUAGGGUUAUAAACUAUAUUGUGAAUUAUUAGGAAUUGAUAGUGAAUUUCUGCUACUAAAUUCCCAAAAAAUCUCCAUUUAGUGAAUAAACUUGGUAGUGUAUACUCAGUACUAUGUUGGCAUGGUCACUAGCCUAGGACAUAAUUAAAACUCCCUUAAAAAUAGAAGCCGUUAAGCAGUGUUGUCAAAAUUAAUUUUUUUCUCGGCCCUGCUGUCAUCCAGAUUCCAGGAUGGAGGAGGUUCAGGUGAUGUAAGGAUUCAUUUGGAGACUGGUCACAACACCAACCUCCAGAAAUUCCAGAAAUUAGUUUGUUUACAGUUUGGACCCUUUAUCAGCUACACCUGUUUGCGUUACCUGUCCAGUAAUGAUCUCUGUCAGUUUGUUAAACAAACAUACCUCCCAUUAUACUACAACUGCUGACAUCCAGUAAACCAGUAAAACACAUAAACACACAGCACAAACACGCGUACACACUCACCACCAACACACACAGAGGCACUCUAACUCCUUUCAGUCUAUCCCAGCAUUUGGGUGGUUAAGCCAGGUCUCCACUCCCUUAAGUAAGAGUCCUUAUAGGAGAUAUUUGAGCUCAGGGACCAUGUGGGUAUCCUCUUCCUUCAAACCCUCUCUCGUGAGUUAAAUUAUUGAAUUGGUCUUUUAUUUUGAUUCAUGUAGCAGUGGAGAAAUAAAUGCGAGACUCACAGGUCUCAAAGCUGUUGGGGGAGAAUGCAAUAAUACAUGCGAAGUCCCUCCCUAGCUCCCAAAGCCCAGCUCCUAAGGACCAUAACCACUACAUCUCUUUAAGAGUAAAACACAAAAGCCAUUUGACUGUAGUUAGUAUUUGACUUGUUUAGUGAGUUUACCUGACGAACUUAUGGUGUGAAAUUUACCUAGUAAUAUUUAUAGUGAUUAUUUAUAAAAUAAAAUGUUGUGUUUUGUUUUUUUACAUUAUUACUUUUUGACCCACAGCAAUCACCCGAUGUAGAUGGUUUCAAUACAACGGAUGGAGACGCGUUGGCCACUCAGCAAUGGAAGAGUAGAGAUUUCAGCCAUUCUGAGGUAUGAAUUGAGACUUUAAAUCUUUUUUUUUUUUUUUAAACAAUCAAACAUAGCUUUUAUUUCGUUUCUCAAUAUCUCACUGUUUAUGGCUGUGAGAAAUCUGGAACAAACGGCUAUUGUUCCAAAUCUGGUUUUAUAGUGAUAAUUUGCACUUUGCAGCCUUUAUAAAGGCUUUAUUAAGGUUAAGAUUCUUAUUUACAACAUUACAAUAAUGCAAAAAGUGUACAUGCGAGACUCGCAGGACUCAAAGCUGUUGAGGGAGAAUGCGAUAAUACAUGUAUAGUUUCAUAUGCAGUGUUUUGAAAAAACAUAAGCAGUAACAGUACAGAGUUAUAGAGGUUUUGGAGCAUAUCAGCUAUUUCUAAGCAUAUAGGAAGAGCCUGUAAAACCCACUGGCGCCGACCGGGUGCGGACCCUGCUGAAUUAAUAAUUCACCGGUGAUCCACGGUAGUCGAGUGGGCACGGGCCGGCAGGGGGCCCCCAGAACACAUCGAACACCUCUGAUUGAUCAGCCUCAGGAGUGUACGUAUGUGGGUGUCAGGACUUUAUAAUAAUAAUAAUAACCCCACCUCCUUUUAUGACGCGCCGACGUAAUGAAGCUAAGAACGCCACAGCCCGCCAAGGUGUUAGAACGAGAACAUUUGGGGGCGUGGUUACCUACCUAAUUGAAACGGUAUUUAAAGAAAACCAGGGAGAGACUCAUUGCCCUGUUGUGGUUCUUGAUAGACCCAAGAGCGCGUAUCUCGUAUUGGUAUUCUUGUUUUCUGACUUUGGCAUGGUUUGACUAUUCCUCCUUCUGUGUUCCUUUGAUCUCCGCUAUUGCAUUAUCGUUGAUCCUGAUUUCUGGUACCCUUGACCUCGGCUCACUAUUGACUAUUCUUUGUGUGUGUAGUGUUAGUCCAGCCAUCCUAAGGUCCAGUAUACAUUACUAGUAUUUGAAUUCUGUGUGUAGGAUCCCCGAACGUACAUGACAUUUACAUCUUGAUUUAUAUGUUCACUAAAAACCACCAUUCACAUAGGACUUAAAUAGCCGUUUGUUGUGGUUUCAGUAUAUAAAAUAUACUAUCUGUUCAUUAUUUAGGGCAAUGUAUUCAUUUCAAGUUUCAUUUAAAGGGACUACCUCCUAUUUUAUUUCCCCCUUUACUUCAUCUCUGUAUUGUUAAAGUAAUACAGCCUUAGAGAUCAAAUCUCCUGUACAACUAUGCCAAUCACUACAAAGAAAGUAGAAAAAAAUGAAUAUGGACACAUUCUAAAAAUUGUAGGACAUUUCACACAUCAGAUUAGGGGAGUGGCAACACUUACAAGGUUUACAGAUUCCAUUUGGAAGCAAAGACACCCCCACCCCCACACCCUUCAAAAAAAUUGAAUAAUCCAUCAAUUACUUCAAAUUGGAGCAUCUUUUUAUUUUUUAAGUUGAUUGCUUUUGCUUGUAUUUUUCACACAUUUAUAUAUAAAGCAUUAAAAAGAAUGAGUCCUCUCCAGUUUUGAACAUUCCUCUACUUUUUAAUCUAUGAUUCACAUCUUGAUGGAAGCACUAUUUCUACUUGUUAAUCAAGAAUAACAAGUGGGACACAGCUUCGUAGAUCUUGGGAAUAAGUUGUACCAGAAAAGUGAGACUUAAACAAUGAGACCUGUUCAAUAACCGAUGCAUUGAUAAGGAAAAUCACAGAAAUUGGAAUGAAAUUGAGAUGAGGCGGAUUUAUUUUUUUUUUCAUUGCUUGGUUGUUGUGGUUGAGGUUUUGCAAGUCAGAUUUCAACUUAGUUUACUCCAAGCCAGUGUCUGGUAAAUAAUAAACCACUUAAUAAAUAAUCCUCUUAGUAUUUUCUACAGUAGGAUAUUGUAAACACUAAAGCCAUGCAUAGUCUAACUGCCAAUAUUAAUCUAGAGGCAUGUACUACCCUGCCAAUUUAUCCACUUUAAUUACAGAUUAGGACACGUGUGUGGGAGGACAGAUUACAAAUAUUAGGACAAAUUCCCUUUCUCUGUAAUUAGUAAUUGCAGUGUAAAACUGAUCAUCUAAAGCUUUGACCUUGAGUACACAACAAAUUAUUUAUUAUCUUGUUUUUUAAGGCAUAUUUUUCAUUUCAUUUAUCAAUGUCCUGUAUUUUAUCUACUGUUAAAUGGAUUUGUUCGCUGCACACUGAAUAGUAAAUUUGGGCUAAAGUAAUCAAGCUUUGACUUUUCAGUUUACCUGAAUUCACCAAUUAGGGAAUUAGUGAAUAGUUUGUUUUUUGGUUUUUGCCUAGGUAGAGGUUAUUCAUUAAAGGGGCACUAUAGUGUUAGGAAUACAAAGAGGUAUUCUUACAGGACCACUAUAGGCACCCAGACCACUUCAGCUUAAUGAAGUGGUCUGGGUGCCAGGUCCCUCUAGGAUUAACCCUUUUUUUAAUAAACAUAGCAGUUUCAGAGAAACUGCUAUGUUUACACUGAGGGUUAAUCCGGCCUCUAGAGCCUCUAGUGGCUGUCUCAUUGACAGCCGCUAGAGGCGCUUGCGUGCUUCUCACUGUGAAAAUCACAGUGAGAAGACGCCAGCGUCCAUAGGAAAGCAUUGUAAAUGCUUUCCUAUGAACUGGCUGAAUGCGCGCGCGGCUCCUGCCGUGCAUGCGCAUUCAGCCGAUGACGUCGCUAGGAAGGAGGAGAGGAGGAGGAAAGCUCCCCUCCCAGCGCUGGAGAAAGGUAAGAUUUUAACCCCUUCCUCUCUCCAGACCCCGGCGGGAGGGGGACCCUGAGGGUGGGGGCACCCUCAGGGCACUAUAGUGCCAGGAAAACGACUAUGUUUUCCUGGCACUAUAAUGGUCCUUUAACACUAUAGGAACCAUCUACGACUCACCCCCACCUACUUGAUGAUAUAAAGGGUUGAAUAACCAUUUACACAUUUACCUGGUUCCACUAGAGGAAGUCUUAGUCCUGCAAUCUAAAUAUUGCAAUUCCUCUAAAACUGAAUUGUUUUACAUUACCAGCUUUAGGGGACUGGGACACUCCACCCAGGCUACUUCAAUGAGAUGAAGUGGUCUGGGUGCCUGUAGUGUCCCUUUAAAGUGUUUUUGUUUUUGUUUUUUAGGUCCCAGAGCAGAACCCCGAGGGACACCACUUACCACUUUUGUCCAGAUUGAAAAUGUACCAUUAAUGACAACUCUCUGUACUCUAUAUUUAAGCCAAUGUUUGAUCGAAGAAAGUGGAUUUUCAUCUAUACUUCUACUUACUUCUUCGUAUAAUGCAAUUUUGUUAGUUUGACAUGACCUAUGUUUCCUAAAACCAUGCUGAGUUUGCUAAUAAUGUUCUUCCCAAUGAAGUCCUGAAUAUUAUCCCUUAAUAACCUUUCAAAUACUUUCCCAGCCAGAAAAGUUAAACUCACAGCUAUAAUUUCCAAAACCUACAUUGUUUCUUACUCUGUAACUAUUCUAAAGAUUCCUGAGCUCAUGGGAUUAAUCAUAAAUCCAUAAAUUGAGUUCAUUCUGAUUAAUAUAAAGUGAAGUAUGAACUAAAAGGCCCUUGUAGUGCCUUCCUUCUCCCGAGACACGUUUUGUCUGUAGAUGGCUUUUUCAAUGGGUGUCUAAUGAUAUCCUGGUCUCCGUAUUUAAGUUUGUAGCGUCCCUGCCUUUUUCCUCCAUCAUCCAAUCUGACAGUUGCUCAACAGUUGUGCCAUGUUCGAAGACGGUGUCUCUUUACAAACACAAAGAUGAAGCACCGUGCUUGUAGCAGCAGUAGCUUAGUAUCCAACAGCUCAGAAUACAUAGUAAAAACAAAGAGAACACUACCUGCGCUCUGGCCUAACUCCCCAUGUACAUUUAAACAAAAUGGAGGCUCUUUAGUUUUAUUCCAAUGGCAAUUUGAAUAUAAGCUCAGAUGCCACGCCAUAUUUAUUAGUAUUGCCCAUUAUCAGCCAAAUAAAAUACAUGAAAUUAAGAGAAUAAAUAUGUUUUAAAAACAUAGAUAUGUAAACGAUUAUAUUAUCUAUUUUAUACAAUAGUAUGAAUCGAAUGGAUAUAUUAAAACAUUUAUAUAAAAAGCUAUAAAGUGUAUUAAAUAACCACAUAAUGCAAGCCAUCCCAUAUCAAAAUAUGUAAUACACAUAUAAAAGGUAGGUAUAUACAUAUAAAUACACACUAAUUAGUGAUGUCCCGAACGGUUCGCCGAACGGUUCGCCACGGACGGCGAACAUAUGACCCUGUACCUCACAGUCAUCAGACACAUUCCAGCCAAUCAGCAGCAGAUCCUCCCUCCCAGAUCCUCCCACCUCCUGGACAGCAUCCAUUUUGAAGCUGCAUUCUUAGUGAGCUGUCCAGGAGGUGGGAGGGAGGGUCUGCUGCUGAUUGGCUGGGAUGUGUCUGCUGACUGUGAGGUACAGGGUCAUAUGUUCGCCGUCCGCGGCGAAUUGUUCGACGAACCGUUCGGGACAUCACUAACACAUAUAAAAAAAAAGUUUUAAAAAUUAUCCAAUUCAAAAUCAGCAUUAAGACUAAAUGGGAUUAAAGUAUUAAGAUUUUAGAUCCAUUUCAUCUCUGUUUUACCUAAUUUUUAAUGAAAUCCUUUCCUCUCCAAUUCAUAUUCACUUUCUUUAUAGCCAUAAAUUGUAGAAACUGUCGGCCACUAUUAUGUACUUGUUUAAAAUAUAGUGAGACGCUUUGUUUUUUAUAUCCUUUGCUAAGGUUUUAAUAUAUUAUUAUAUGUAAUGGAUGUUUGGUUAUUCCCACCUAAUACAAUUGGCAUGUCCAUUCAAGGAGAUAAAUGACACUUUUAGCAAAGCAUGUAACUAAAUUCUUGAUUUAAUAUCUUCACUCUUUUUUAUGUGGAUCUACAAAUGUCUUUAUUUGUCUCUUCGUUCUCUUAGUAUUUUUACACGCCAGACAUAAUCCGUACCCAAAAAACCUUCUAGAUGAGCUCAUUUUGAAUUGGAAAAAAUGAGCAACUCAUCUAAGUUGGGGAUUUCCCAUUUGCAGUCAUCAGUUUACUCCAACUCCUAAAACCUUUUUUACAUAUCUUCAACUUCCUAGACUUACAAAAUGUGCUUGUGUUUGCAAAAAAAAAACAAAAAAAACAAAAAAACAUAUUCACUACCAGGUUUUAGUUGCAAUGCAAAAUGAAAAAUUAGUUCAUGUGUGCUGAUGGAAGGAAAGGUGUUACAUUUAAUCAACCUGUAGACAAAUACAAUGGACUUUAUUUUUAGAAUGCUUGGUGCCAAACAACUUAUUAGUUCCCAUAAAGCACAAUAACGUAUUAAAAUAAAAACCCUGAAGAAUAACGUUACUUACACAGCAUCACAAAUCCAUAUGCAUAUUUAAAUAACUGGAGGAUUUUUAGUAUCAAUCUAAUGGCCAUUUAAGUGUAAGUUCAUCUGCCACAUCAAGGCAAAACCUCCUAGGUACACUAACAAGUCACCUUGCUUCUUUUAGCUAAAAGGCAAAAUCUCUCACCGCGGAAGCUCACACAACACCCCACACAACAAGACAUGACACACAUAAGACAAAAACCGAGUGCACCUUUCCAUACACCUGACGAUUAAACUUAAAUGCUAUAUUGAAAUGGUGACUAACCUGCUAAUAAUCCUGUAAUCUAUAUAAAUGAGUGGUUAAAACACGUAGAAAAGCAAGAAAGGUGCUAUAUUGAUCUGUCUGGUAACCCCCAGACACACUGUACUCUCUUGAACUCUAGAACAAACCAUGCACCGAUGACAAACUCAGAAAACAACUAAUCAAAUGUAUAUUUAUAUCAUACAUAUAUUGUUAUCGUAUCACAUAAUCUUUCUUCUAUGUACCACGUAAUAUGACAUGCCUCAACCACUCAAAAGAAAGAAUAAAAAAAAAAAAUACAAUAAAAACCAAAGAAAUGAGUUACUUGCACACUAUACCAAAUCCCUGUGCGUAUUUACAUAUCUGGUUAAUAUCACUACAAUGGCCAUUUACGUGUAAGCUCACCAGCUACGUCAAUACAGGUAAGGUAAAAGUGUUACAUCCAAGUAUUGACAGCUUGCCUAGUUUGCAUACAUCACAUCUACUUCCUUAAAGGAAGAGGUUUUGGCUCCCACUACCCCUACGUGUCUUUUUGGCAUAAACUGUUUUAUCCGUUAGCGAGCAUUACGUUCAGGUUAUUUGUAAUUAAGAUAUUUAAUUUACUUUCACAGGCAGAGGAAAUAAAUAUCCAGUUUACCUUUUACAUAAUUUUACAUAAAAAUCAUCAGGAAAGGGAGUUUAAUAUUGUGAGACAUAUACUGACAUAUACUGAUUAAAAAUAUGUAGUAAUAACUGUCUCACCACUGAACUAUUUUUGUGUCUUACACUGUUCGUGGAGGGGGUGACUCCUGGCCAUCUGGCACUUGAGUGACCUAACUACAAUGGCAAGUGCUUCUCAUUCCCAGCAUCUCUUUGGUGUAUAUGUAGUCCUAACAGUCUGACAAUAUCCUUUAAAUUGACAUACUAGGCACCAUAACUACUCCAGAUUAUUUAAGUGGUUAUGGUGCCAGAUUGGUGCCAUCCCUUCACACUUUUUGACUAAUUUGCUUAACUCAGAAUUAACAGACCAAAUUACAAUCUAACAUGAAAAUCAGCCCUUAUCUGAUUGCAACCGCAUCCCACCAUUGAGUUUGGAACUGCAAAUUACUAGAAUUUAUAGCUAGUGCUGUAAUUGUCUAUUGCUGGGCAUAGAAUAUUAUUCAGGUGCCGUCAGAUAUAGUUAGUGGCAUAGGCGUGCAUAGCCUAUUGCUUUAGGGUUUGCACCCUAAAGCACAAACACGCCGCAUGUAAAUGUGUAUAUAUAUAUACAUAUAUAUAUAUAUAUAUUACACAAGAUCCAGCGCACUCACCUAUCCACUACUCCUUGGUUUUGCACCCCUCCCUGUCACGGGUGCCUCAUCCCAGGGCCCUAUUUAGCCUUGUACUGCAGAGAGCCCCAGAUGGAAUUUUUUUCCUCAAGUAAAUGGUUAAUCUCAUAAGAGCAGACAUUAGGCUGUUAGUGUAGGACCUGCCAAAGAUGGGUUACAUUGACGUUGUGGCAGGCUUAUGCAAUGUAUGAUCAUAUAAUGUAACUAAACCCCCAUUAUUUUUGCCUAGAUUAGGUGUUUUUAAAAAAACUAAUAAAAUCUUUCAACAUUGAAGUUGCUGUUUAGUGGAUAGGUGAGUGCGCUGGAUCUUGUGUAUUGUGUUAUUUGGCCCCCAGCAGCACCCCCAAUUAUGCAUGUUUAGGUGAGUGCAGCCAACCCCCCCUUGUUUCAUAUAUACAUAUAUAUAUAUAUAUAUAUAUACAUAUAUAUAUAUAUACACACACACAUACAUACAUACAUACAUACAUACAUACAUAUAUAUAUAUACAAAUACACUCUUGCAUAUAUACAUACAUACAGACUCGCUCUCAUAUAAAUAUCAAUAUAAACAAACAUUUUUAAAAAUGUAUUGAAACGUAUGCACACUGCACAUUACUGUAUCACAGAGCUUCGCCAGCAAUAAAACUCGCAGUGAUGGGCAGUGUGCAUGAUGACUGCCAUUAAGGGACACUUCCCAAUCCUUGCCCGUAGCGUGGGUUUCAGCGUCCAUUACACUCCCAUUUCAUGUCCAUUCCCCCCAUAUUUCAUGUCCAUUCCCCUGUAUUUCAUGUCCAUUCCCCUGUAUUACAUAUCACCCCCCCAUAUUUCAAGUCUAUUCCCCCCCCCUCCUCCCCCAUUUCAUGUCUAUUCCCCCAUAUAGAAUGUAGGGUACAUGUUGAGAGAUCAGAUUGUCUUAUUAAAAGGAAAUCAUUUACUCUCAGAUUUAAAUGCCAAAAAAUUUAUUUUCUGUUUGAAUGGUUUACAGUCAAAUUGAAGGUAGAUUAGUUAUUAUGAUCUUGCCAGACAAUACAUUUUAAUGGGGUUUCUUGAAAAAAUACGUAGAGCAACGUUAAGCAACCAGCAAAAGCUGUUAAUGUGCUGCUACACUUACUGCCCAUGAAGAUGCAUUUGAUUGCCACAAAAAAACUGCGUUAUAUGUUAGAUCCAUAGGGAGAAGUAGGUAGGAGGAAAAUAAGGCAGGCUUGGCUCACUUGGUUCAGAUUACUGGGAUAAGUGUCCUGCCGCUCUCCCAAAAUGCCCCAUAGGUGCUACGUAAGGUUAAUAGAUAGAGGCUUUGUGAUAGCAGUCGGGCUGUCAGCGUGAGCUAUUUUGAUACGUAAAUUUAAAGUUAACUGAUUGCAAUAUUUAGAAAGGUUAUGGUUUAUUUUUUGUCUUUAGGCCCCUUUAGUAAGGCUUCAGCCUUUUUUAUCUAUGAACUGAUUUUUUUCUGCAUAUUCUUGUGUCUUUUGUUGAUUCAUUAUAUAUAUCAUUAAAGUUAAUACACUUUUAUUCGUUAAUUUCUUGUGUAAUGAAUGAAUAUUUUAUCGAUUAAUAAUGCUAUAUUUAUUACGUUUCUCUGCUUUUGGUUUUACAGAACCUGGAUUUACAUCUAGAAUGCGUGCGCCAAGAACCUGAUAAUAUUGAUAAUAUUGACAAAGCAUCGUAUUUUGACUUGUUUGAAUGGAACUCUCCCAUUGACUCAAAAAAGAAACUCACCCUGUUUCCAAAAUGGCAUUUACCUUUAAAAGUAGCAGCCGCACUGACACUAUUUAUUUUUAUUUAUACCUUUAUCAGAGAAGUACUUCACCCUUACGUAAUGCGUAGCAGAAAUGAGUUCUAUAGGAUUCCAGUUUUGGUGGUGAACAAAGUCUUGCCAGUGGUCUCCAUAACACUUUUGAGUUUGGUUUAUUUGCCAGGCAUAUUGGCUGCAGUUCUCCAACUUUACAGAGGAACAAAGUACCAAAGGUUUCCACGGUGGUUGGACACAUGGAUGCUAAGACGAAAGCAGUUUGGGCUGUUGAGCUUUUUCUUUGGUGUAAUGCAUGCCCUCUACAGCUUGUCCUACCCAAUGAGAAGGUCUUAUCGAUACAGGCUUCUGAACUGGGCAUUUCAACAGGUAAUAUAAUAAAAUAAUGUAUAUUACAUGGCAAAUCCUACAAUAUGGUAAUUUCCUUUCUCCAAAAAUGUCAAUAUUAUUUGAGUACUCCUUACCUUGUAGGUUUAGUGUUCGCGCACAUUAAUGCAGAAUCUAAUAGCUAAGAAUGUAGCCUUUGUUAAUGAGGACAUUAUAGUCACCAAAACAACUUUUGCUUAAUGAAACCAUUUUGGUGUAUAGAUCAUUCCCCUGCAGUCUCACUGCUCAAUUCUCUGCCAUUAAGCAGUUAAAUCACUUUGUUCAUACAGCCCUAGUCACACAUCCCUGCAUUUGACUUACAGCCUUCCUAAACACUUCCUGUAAAGAGUUAUCUAAUGUUUGAACUUCCAUUUUUGCAAAUUCUGUUUAAUUUAGAAUUUUUUAUCUCCUGCUCUGUUAAUAGCUUGCCAGACCUGCAGGAGCCUCCUCUAUAUAAUUAAAGUUUAAUUUACAGUUUUAAUUUACAGAGCAGGAGAUAAAAACUAACUUAAGUAGUUCAGUUUCUAGAACUAAUCUUCAAUAUACUUGGGAUUAUAUAUUUUGGGUUGUCUUGUGAUGUUGAAUAUAUUAAGCCAUUGGGAAUAUAAAAACUUGCAAAACAUCUAAUUUGGAGUCAAUUGGCAAACUUUGUGCAUAACUAUAUAUGUAUUGCAACCAGUGUGCUGUUUUACACCUGAAAGUGUAACGUGAACACAUUGUAUGCUCUUAUAUUAUAAGAGUUACAUUGUUGCAAGAAAGACAAGAAGAUCGCAAACAAUAAACAAUUUAUUAUAGGUUAAAGGAACACUCCAAGCACCAUAACAACCACAGCCUAUUGUAGUGGUUAUGGUGCCAGAAGUGCCCUCCCCCACUGUAAGGAGUCAAAUAGUUUUGAAUGGUCUUCCCGGCUUACCUGUGGUCCACUACGCGCUGCUCCCCACCUCCACUAAUAUUUCCGUAGAGCUGCAAGUUCCUAAGCAGGAACUCAAAAUGUGUUUUUCUAUUUUGCUAUUUUCCUUUUAAAAGGCAUGUAUGAGCUGCAGUUUGAGCGUAUGGCAGUCUGGGUUUAUACAACAAAAUGGAUUCAUGCAGCAUGAUAACGAAAUCUCUUUAGUAAGAUUUUCUCAAAGCUUGGUAACUCUGCAUUACCAGAAAACCUAUACAUUUCUUAAAACCAGUAUAUCGCUGUCAAACUUUGCAGGUCAAAGAGAACAAAGAAAAUGCCUGGAUUGAGCAUGACGUAUGGAGAAUGGAAAUCUACGUUUGUCUGGGAAUUUUAUCGCUUGCUAUCCUGGCAGUUUUGGCAGUAGUGUCAAUCCCAACCAUUGCUAGCUCUUUAUCCUGGAGAGAGUUCAUUUUUAUUCAGGUACAUUUCUGCAGGGUGGCUAUUAGACUAAUCAGUGCACAGUUUGCUAACUGUAGGUAAAAUCAGGAUAUAUGUGGCAAGAGCUGUGCGUCCAUGGAUGUUAAAACUGUGAUAUAGAGUAGAACAUCUACCUGCAAUAAAUACCAAACUGGGAGAAGGACACCCCAAAUGAAGGCAAAACAGCAACUCUUCUUCCAAAAAAAAACUCUUAUAUUCCAAAAGAUUAAAAACAAGCUCCAAUAGACAUAUCUCGUGCUGAAAUAAGGGUGUUUUUUCCAUUAUAUACAUUUUUUAUAUAUAUAUUUGUAACGUAAAAAAAAUAAAUUCAAAUAACCAAGACUGCUAGCCUAAGGAAGGAAAACAAAAAUAUUAUCUCCACGUCGUAUUCUAUGCUUUUCACAGGAGUGAAAAGGCUAGAAUAAGAUGUGGAGAUAAUAUUAUUUAUUUUUUAAAAUUAUACUUGGUAACUUAAAUAUGAUAAACCUUUUCUUUAUAUGUACAGAGCCAAACUGAACUCUUUAAUCUUUUUAAUAAGCUACAUUUGGUAACUUUGACAGUAAAACUGAAAAAGUAAAUCUAUGCAUAAAACAAAGAGAGAACAUAUACGGUAAAAUAUACUACGUAAACAUGCAUAUACAUACUGAGGUAACAGUGUUUAGAUUACAUAAAGUCUAGUCACUAGUAAAACAAAAAUGUUACUAGCAUUCCAGGUAAUCUUUGGCAUAUAGAGACAGGGGAGAGAUGAGAAAGUAGACAAACAAAUUAUAGGAGAUAGUGUUUAGCCACAGGGAUUGUCAAUGGUUAAUAUUUAUCUGAUAUCAGGAGGAACUCGUUCGUUUUAGCAUAAUACUUUGAAGGUACACUUUAUAUAGAAGUUGGACCAGUAUUCCAUCAUUUAUACAGCUGGCCUGGUUCAUUCGGCAGGUUUUCAACUCUUCGGUAUCUCAGAGUCAGAGGUUCGAGUCCUGGUUAGCUGAACUUAGCUUUUAUUAUUCUACAUUCAAUAAACAAGUACUAUAAAUCGGGCGCAAUAAUUAAAUCUAGAUGUCAAGAUUUACUCGUAAACAUGUAACAAGCUAAAUGUACCAAUCACUGUUAAAUACUUAAUAUCAUAUUGUGCAGUCACUCUCCGUCCCACAUCGCAAAAUGUUAUUUGGUAGAACUGGAUCACAAUAAAAGGGGGAACUUAGGGACAAAUUGCCCCAGGUACACCGAUUGCGCAUUCUGAGAAUCAGAUAACUUUUUGAAGUACUUGCUGUUGCUGAUACAAAGCCCUUUUAGCACAUAUUAUAUAUCAUGUGUGUUUUUUUAUAUAUAUAUGUAUAUAUAUAACGCACGUUAUCUAGCCUAGUCUACAAUUCAAAGUAUAUACUUAAAAUUGACUUUAAAAUCAUUAAUAAUUUCACACUUUAAAACAGAAAUAUAUAUAUUUUUUUAAAUAAAUACAUGCCACUUAACUAGAAAGCCAUAUUUCCUGUCUAGACUAGUUUUUAAAAAAAAUAGAGAAUUCUUCUCAUCAAAUGCAGUCUUAAAGAUGCUUUUAUGUGUAUCAUUCAGAAUACAUUAGCCAUGAAAUACUAAGUCAUACUUGGUUAGAUGUUCAUUUGUUAAAACACUAUAAUCCCUUCUUUUGUCCCGAGCUCAAUGUGUAAAAUUGCUGUAUGGGAAGCGUUAGAUCUUUUAGAUGAUUAUAUUUUUUUUUAACAUUUAUUGGCUUAACUUCAUUAUUGCUAAAAGAGGGACGCCAAGUGUAAGUUAUUCCCCCUCCCUUAUUAAUGCAUUAAGGAGAUAAUACGUGAAAAAUGCAAACCACAAAGUCAGAUCUACAUUAAAGUUUUAUUACUAGGUAACCAACUCUGCAUUCGUAUUGUUGCUGGAUAACUAUAGCACCUUCAGGACUCAGGAAGUGGCUUAGAAUUGCUAAACGGAAUGCUUAAUUUACCAUAACCCCUACCACACAUUGUGAAUUAAUUUUGGAAAGAAUUAUUGGAUCCACUCCUACUCUUAUUUUUUUAAAACCUUGCCCCUCUGUUGCACCAGUUACACAACUGCGUUAUCCAUCCAAUGUGCCACAAUGAUAUCCCAUUGUCUAUUCUCUACAAGUCCCACAUUAAUUAAUAAACCGCAAUGUCUCUGCACUUUUACAUUUAUUGUAUGAUGUUGUUUCUAUGCUAAAUAACCCCUGCCUUUUAUUUACAGAGCAAGAUGGGAUACAUUGCAUUGUUCCUGUGUACUGCUCAUGCGUUUGUGUUUGCUUGGGAUAAAUGGGUGGAUGUGAAUCAGUUUAUAUGGUACACACCCCCUUCUUUCAUGCUCGCGGUUAUUCUUCCAGUCAUCGCUUUGGUCUGUAAAGCAAUUCUCCUUCUGCCAUGUUUGAACAAGCGGGUACAGAAGAUCAGAUGUGGCUGGGAGUCAAAACAAGAGAAUGGAAACAAACGUGUUAUGUAUCACUUCUAGCAGUAACACAGCAAGUGAUAGAAUUCCAUGUUGUGUUCAUGUAGUUUUGUAAAUGAUUUAUGUGAUUGCAUUUCACACUUUUCUACAAAGCAUCUUUACGAGUUUAUCACUAAACACAAAAUUGUGGACAAUUGUCAAAGCAAUUUAAAUUUUUAUUUCAAAGUAGCUAACGGUUGAACACCUACAACAAAGUUAUUUUUCAAUUCCACUAUUUUUCCCUAUAUUUUGCAGUUUCCCUGGCAAUCCUUUACAAUUCCAAUUUUAGUGAAUAACCUGAACAGUCUGACAGAGGCAGUAGGUUUUGACGAGCUAACACUGUAGGGAUUGUUUCACUGUACACCAAAUAGCAUUGAAUUGAAAACCGAAUUGUAACAUUUGGCCAAAAUACGGAAUAUGAUAAUAUUCUCCAAUUCGACUCUAGCCACAGUUUGGUUAGUUUUGCCUAUAUUUUGCAAUUCAGUUUUCAAUUCACUAUAAUAUUGCUAUAGGACUAAUAUAAUAUAAGACUAACUGCCAAGAAUUGCAAAGAGACUGCUGAUAGAAUAAAGUCCACAUUAUGGCAUUUGGCAGAUAGAAGACAUUUCAUGUAGACAUGUUACUAGCAGACUGCCCUGCUUCACUCCUAAUGUCCUAUAUACAGUUUGGGGUUAUCCAAUAAAUCGCACAUUGCGGAAAAUUUGUAUUUGUUACAUUCUUAAUUAAAUUUAUUUAUUUACAUACACACAAUGUAUAACUGUAUGAUUUAUUUACACCACUCUUAC